ACAGUUGUUUAACAAAUAAGCGACAUUCCUAAGCAUGUUUGUCCAUCAAAUACGAGUCAAUGAGAAGGGGCGUGUGCACUAUGCAUUACAAACAAUGUUUACAUAUUGUACGGAGCCGAUAGGACAUCACAAAUGCGUAAUAUGAGGAUGAGAUCACAGGAAAAGUUUAGGAAAAUAAAUAACACUGAUUAGAUUGAGAGGUCAAAUGAAAUGUCAAACAUUAAUCAAGAACAACUGUUGAAAAACAAUAAUGGAAUAAAACAAGAAACAAUUAAGCUACGUUUAUGUCCCCAUUAAUUUUAUUAUCAUCGGUUAAGCAGUUAUCGCGAAUGAGUUGAGCGGCGCGCGCGCUUUGUUUUGAUGGAGAUUUGCGUUUGUUUGGUUGCAGCAUGGAACGAAGUACAACCAGCCAGCGUCCCGUUCCUGCCAUCCCGCAUCGGUGACGCCAAUGACAUCGGGGAGGCUGCUGACAUGAGGGCGCCGGCUGAGCUGAUGAGGGCACGAGUGAGGGAGGGCGUCCCUCCUCCUCUCUGUGCCGGCAGAUGUGCGUCACCACCAGCAGGACCAGUGUGUGCUUUCGAUGCUACGGGAACUGCUCGGACGUUUGAAACCUUGUGCGAAUUAGAAGAGGUCUCAUGUCGCGAGAGCACGUAUUACGCGAUCACGGGUCUCGGAGAAUGCUGAUGCGGCGCCAGAACACGCAAAGUGCAUUGGUUCUCACAUAAGUGUAAGCAUUACGUACCGCACAGCCUGAGGACGGUCGCUAUAUUAAUGUUCAACUAUAUGUAUUACUAUUUAGUGUCAAAUUAGCACAGCAUCUGUCUCAUAACAGUAGUCAAAAUGACGUCACAAUUUCUUCCUCAUCACGCUUAAAAUAUUUCUUCAUUUAAAUCGAUAUCGGCAAAUGCUUGCUACCAAAAUAAAGUGACGUCAACAUUGACCUCAAUAAUAAAUUGAAAAGGUCUUAAAUGUCACAGUGUCAUCCGAAUAAGCCAGAAAUUGACAACUCAAAUGUCAGCUGUCAUGCGUCCCAUUUUCAAGAUGGCUGCCGUUGUUCGUGGCGCGAAAUAUUUGCAUUAUCGUACUGUUUUGAGUUGGGUAAACUGUGAUGGUAGUCAGAGAUAUAUUUAGUAUGUACCUGUUUUGAUCUAAAAAUCUAAUGUAUGUAUAAAGAACGCUUAAUUAAUUAUUAUAUUAUCGGUUUACUCACAUAACUGUUUGACGAGGACUCGACCAGUUUCAAGCUAUGCUAGAAGCUCAUAUUCAUAACCAGCAUUCCGCGACAUACGACGCGGCGAUUGUCGCGCUGCUACUGAGUAAUGAGUAAGCCGAUAACAUAAUAGUUAAUUUAGUAUGUCUCACGAAAGUUAUAAUAUUCUUAUUAUAAACGCUUAAGCUCAAAAUCGCUAAUUAAGCUAGGAUGUACUUACAAUAUUGUAUCGAAGUUUAUAUUCUGAACCCUUUUUGGUUUACAAAUUUGUGGAUUGCAUAUAUCUGAUUGAUUUUAAUGAACUACCCAUUAUUAAUAGCAAUAUGUGACGUGGUAAUAUAAGGUAUUCAGGUAAUAUAAUGCUUACGCUCUAAAAAAUACUGUUCUUGUAAUAACGUAUGAUAAUUUAGUCUAAUUUGCCUGCAUAUGUUGGUAUGAUAUCUUUGAUGGCCAAAGCUUUAAAAGCAGGAUUUCUAGAUUUUUAACCAAGAUAAUGAACAUUGCUUUAUGUAUAUGCUGAUGAAAAUUGAUAAUAUUAUUUGUUAUAUUUGGUUUAAUCUCUGUGGUAGAUUUAAAGGGCAGUAGCACACUUCGAAAAACUAAUUCGAUAAAAAGAUCAAGGACACAAUUUCACAAGAGGUUGUCUUGUGAAGUUUUCCUGCUGCAGUAUAUUUUGAUUUAGAAUUAGAAUUAUUUUUAUGUACCUACUAGCUUUCUUAGCGUUGCGUUGCUUCGAUGUUUUAACCACGGUCAAAUAACAAAAUGUAACCUAUAUCACUUCUCUCCAGCUCUAUAAAAAAAUCUGACCAGAACAACACUUCGUAGCGACGUGAAAGAAAGUUGCUGCUGGCCAAAGGCCUUCUCGGAAAAGAUUGAAGCAUUAAAACUGUGCUUGCUCAAUGCGAGUUAGUGAUUUCAAACUCAUAAUUAGAAACAUAAGUCCAGGUUUCUUCGCCGUUUGCCAGUGGUUUCUAAAAAAUCUCAGAAAGUACAGAUAAAUCGGAAAAAGUCACAUUGGUAUUUCCAUUGGUAGGUUUUGAACCCGCACUAUCAUGCUUAAACCUCCGGGUCACCACGAUAUUUUCAAAUACUCUUUCAAAUUGAUGAUAUUAAGGAUUAUUGUGCAAUAUUCUAAAAUAUACGAGUGAUCUGUAAAAGCAUUGUAAUUUACAAUUUGAAAGGACAUCAAACCAACAAAUAUUUUUGGAGAUAUAUGUUCGAUACUUUUAAAUAUUAGCACUAAGACUUUGGUCGAAAAGUUCCUACAAAUUCCAAAUUUUAAUCUUAAUACCUUAAGAAAAUUAGUGUGUAAGUAGUUUUAAAAUUAAUGCCAAAGUCAUGUUCAAAUAAAAUAAAAUACUCUAGUAAUGUUUGUAUUUGUAAGGUUACUGUGUAAGUCAAUAUUUUUUUUAUUUAUUUUGUACAAAGUACGGAUCUUCAUGACUGUUUAUAGACUGGCCAGUGCCAGUUGCAACAAUGUCAUCAUAGACAAAAUUUAGCUUCAAUAAAGAUUUUACAAUGUACAGAA